AUGGCGCCUAUCGAGACCAAAACGUACGAUUAUAUUGUGAUUGGGGGCGGAAGUGGUGGUAGUGGUAGUGCACGACGAGCUUCGGGGUGGUAUGGUGCGAAGACGUUGAUUGUUGAGAGUGGUCGGUCUGGCGGUACUUGUGUCAAUGUCGGAUGUGUCCCUAAGAAAAUGACAUGGCACUUCGCCUCUCUCAACGAAGAGCUCCACGCUGCCCGUCACUACGGUUACGACGUCCCCGAAAACAUCAAAUUCGACUACGGCUCUUUCAAGCGCUUUCGCGACUCUCGAAUCAAACAGUUGAACGGCGUGUAUGAGAAUAACUGGGGUAAAGAAGGUAUUGAUUUGGUGCAUGGACGCGCCCGUUUCGUCGAACCCAAAGUCAUUGAAGUAACUGCCGCCGAUAGCACCGAGACCAAGAUUAGAUAUACUGCCAAACAUAUUCUGAUUGCUGUUGGUGGACACCCCAUUGUGCCUGGUGUUCAGGGUGCGGAGCACGGUAUUACAAGCGAUGGGUUCUUUGAGAUUGAGGAAUUGCCCAAAAAGUGGGCUGUGGUGGGCGCUGGAUACAUUGCGGUUGAAUUAGCUGGUGUUUUAGCUGCGGUCGGUGUUGAGACACACAUGUUUAUUCGUGGUGAUACCUUUUUGCGGAAAUUUGAUCCCAUGAUUCAGGAGACUAUGACGGCGAGAUAUGAGGCCGUUGGUAUCAAGGUUCAUAAGCAACACAAGGGUUUCAAGGAAGUUCAGCUGCUCAAGGAUGGGAAGGGUGCUGAUAAGGUAUUGAAGUUGAUUGGUGUGGAAGGGGAUGAGAUUGAAGUUAAUGAGCUUCUUUGGGCGGUUGGACGAGCUCCAGAGGUGGAGGAUCUUCACUUGGAGAUUCCGGGAGUUAAGCAGUCCCGUAGUGGACACGUUAUCGUGGACGAGUUCCAGAAUACUAGUGUUGAAGGUAUAUACGCCUUGGGUGAUGUUACAGGUCAGGCCGAAUUGACACCUGUCGCCAUCGCCGCCGGCCGUCAACUAGGCAACCGCCUCUUCGGAACCCCCGAACUCAAAUACGCCAGACUAUCCUACGAAAACAUCCCAACCGUAGUCUUCUCUCACCCGGAAGUAGGCACAAUCGGCCUCACAGAACCCCAAGCCCGUCAACGCUUUGGCGACGACAAGAUCAAAGUAUACACAACCCGUUUCACAGCCAUGUUCUACGACCCUUUCCCCACAGAAGAGAAAAAAUUGAACCCAACUCAGAUGAAGAUUAUUUGUGCUGGACCAGAGGAGAAAGUUGUUGGAUUACAUAUUUUGGGUCUUGGAGUUGGUGAGAUGCUUCAAGGGUUUGGAGUUGCGAUUAAGAUGGGUGCUACGAAGAAGGACUUUGAUAGUUGUGUGGCUAUUCACCCGACUAGUUCGGAGGAGUUGGUGACUAUGCGAUAA